AUGUUGGUGCACGAUUUUGGGGCCGAGAGACGGCGGUUAAAAACGGAGGUUUUGGGGCACACUUUUAGCCCACGAGGGGAAGUUGCGGCGGAAGAAGAAGAAAAAACAGAAGUGGAUGCCCGCAUACUCCAAAUUAGUGGGGUCCGUUGCAUCCCAAACUCACCUCCCACACCUGGUGAUAUUCUCCCAAAAACAUGCCGCCCAAAACACCGCUCCCAAAACACCACGGUGCAUGGAAAAGAAAGUCUCUUGCCCGGGUUUCCUCUGUUUUUCGUGCCAAGCAAAAAACAACGCCCAAAGGAUGGACCGGCUUAUCUGUGGCCAAUGGCGUCGCCCAGAUACCACGAAAAAGAGCGUGGAAACGUGAUUUCUAAGCACUCGAAACGCUUUACCUCGGCUAUCAACAAGGGAAAAGACGAUUAA